AUGACCCCUUCGCUAGUAUCAACACUUGCAGUGGCUGCAACUCUGUCGUGUGCUGUUCUGUCAACCGACGCCCACCAAAUCGUGCUGCAACCGGAGCCGCAAUGGACGACGGACAACAAGGAUAUCAAGUAUAACCCACUCGCUUUUCUCGAAGGUCAAGGUUUCCAAACUCAAGAGGACUUUAACGCUUGGCGUCGCGACAACGGAUACAAGACUCUCCGUGACUUCAUGGACAGAGCCAAGUACACGGUUACCGAAGGUGCCGAUUACUUCUGUGGAUGGACGGACCCCAAGGGUACUCCGCAGCCCAUUCCAGCGGGUGGUGCCAUGCGUUCAACCGGUUACACUCAUGACGGACCAUGCGAGGUGUGGCUGGAUGAUGUUCGUGUGUUGGAGGGUGGCAAUUGCCACGAAUCGAUCCCUGGGAAGGACUACACCAUCGACUACUCAUCGUGCGAGAAGAAGGGUGGCUGCGUGCUACGCUGGUACUGGUUGGGUGUCCGCUUCCUCAAAAACUCGUACUCGUGGCAGGUGUACAAAGAGUGCAUUCCACUCACAACCACGCCAAAGCGCCUGCGUGUGUAAAGAAAAAAAAAUGUUGGCGUG